AUGGCUGCCAUGGAUGGUUCCAAAAUCAAUCAAGCGACACUGGUUUUGUUGGUGCUAGCACUUGUGGUUGGAACUUAUGGCCAAACAUGUCCCAACCAGCUUGCAAAUCUGAACGUGUGUGCACCCUUUGUGGUUCCUGGCUCGACAGACUUGAUGCCGAACUCAGACUGUUGUGGAGCUAUUCAAUCCAUCGAUCGUGACUGCCUUUGCAACACUAUCCAAGUCGCAACCCGUCUCCCUACCCAGUGCAACCUCCCUGUUACUUGCGGAAACUAA